GCCACCAACGCCCACCCAUCCACCCGCCUGCCGAGUCGAUCGAUCCAUCCAACCGCCCCCGCUCGAGAUCGCAGCCGCUGUGCCAGUGCACACGGGCGCUGUUGCGAGCGCGUCGCAGCCGAGGGGCCCCGGCCGACAAUCCCUCGAUCACCUCAACGUCCCCUGCCGCUGCCCGCGCGCUACGAUCCAAUCCUCAUCCCGAUAUAUACCACGCCGGCCGCCACCGCGAGCUAGCGGUAGUUGUGGUAGCCUGUAGCUGAGCUGCGUCUACGCAGGAUGCUGCAGGAGCUGGCGCCGUGCGCGUGCGGGGGGUUCUACGCCGGGGGCUGCGGCGGCCGGUGCGCGGGCGCCGCCGCCUCGGCCUUCUCGAUGCUGUUCCCCGCGGGGGCGGAUCAGUGCUACUACUACAAGGAGGAGGACGACGGGCCGCCCUACGGCGGCGGGCCGGUCGACUGCACGCUGUCGCUCGGCACGCCGUCCACGCGCCGGGCGGAGGCGGGCGCGGGCGGCCACGCGCGCGCAGCAGGCGGCGGCGGCGCCCCCUGCAAGGACUCGUCCGGCCGCGGCUCGCCGGCGCGGCGGUGCGCCAACUGCGACACUACGUCGACGCCGCUCUGGCGGAACGGGCCUCGGGGACCCAAGUCCCUGUGCAACGCCUGCGGGAUCCGGUACAAGAAGGAAGAGCGGCGCGCCGCGGCGGCCGUCGCGCCGGCGCCUGAGCCGCAGGAGUACGCGUGCGGCGGCUACGCGCGGCAGCACCAGCACCAGCAGCCGCCGCAGCCGCAGUGGGGAUGCUACGGCGCGGCCGCGGCCAAGUCGGCGUCAUUCGGGAUGUACGGCGGCGACGUCGUCGACGCCGCGGCGGACGGGCCCUGCCUGUCGUGGAUGCUCAACGUGAUGCCCUCCUCGCCGGCGUUCGCCGUCCGGGAGAGGCCCACCCUGUUCCAGUACUACUAGCGCUAGGCUACUGACGACAGUAGUAGUAGUAACCUUUUGUAUCACCAGCUUAAUCAGUUUAGCGAUGAGAUCACCACAACUACAAAGCUGCAUUGUACUGCUAGUGCUAGACGACCAACAUGUAGGUUUGGAAGUGAAGCCCGCGUGCCAAACUACCCCUUCUCUAGAUUUCGUCUGCGACUUAACUAACAGUACUUUUCACUGUUCGGUAA